AUGAACGAUACUCGACAAACAGAUGACAACAAGUCUGACACAAACUAUGAUCAGAACUUAGAAAAACUGAAUGACUUGGAUUUGCGAGAAGAAACUGAGGUUUCUGAACAGGACAAAUGUACGCCCACGCUUGAUUAUCUUCAGUCCCGUAUUAAAGAGCUGUAUGCGUUUAGUAAAAAAUCAUCUGAAAAUAAUGCCGAAAAAGCAUCUUACAACAAAGAAGUACUCAGUGAAAAGAUUAAUGAAGUAUUAACAUUGAUGAAAACAAAUGAAGAAGCUGCAGUUGCUGAAAACAAGGCACAGUAUUUUUAUUUACUGGGCAAAACUUUGAGUGUUACUCAACCAGUGACUGAAGAAUGUAUUAAUGUAUAUUCCAAAGCUGUCAAACUCAAUCCAACACACUUAGAUUCCUGGAAUAUGCUUGGUGAAUGUUUAGUACAUUUGAAAAGGUUUUCUGAAGCCAAAUAUUGUUUCCUUGGCUCACUGAAACACGGUAAAUGUAAAGUCAUUUUGCGGAAUCUAUCUAUUAUAAUGCGAGAGGCUGAGUUGUUGACUAAUGAAAAUAUUAAGGAAAACCUAAAUGCAGGUAUUGAAUAUGCAAAAGAAGCUGUUGAAUUGGACACUACUGAUGGUGAAUCAUGGGCAAUACUUGGAAAUGCUUAUCUAUCCUUAUUUUUUAGAAGACAAGAAGAUAAGCUCCUUAGACAAUCCAUCAACUCUUUUGAGAAAGCAGUCAAAGACCCUGUAGCUGCCAAAAAUUCUGAUCUUCAUUUUAAUAGAGGCGUUGCUUUAAAGUACGGGGAAAUUUAUACAGAUGCUUUAUUGAGCUUUGAACAAGCCUCAAUAUUGGAUCCAACGUGGACUACAGCUAAAGAAACUUUAGAAGAUCUUAUUAAAUAUUUGACCUCAACACAAACAUUAUAUCAACGUAAGGGUCAGGUCAAAAGUAAGAGACUGCAACAAAUGACAGAGUCAUUAAACUCAAGUUGCUUGGGAUUGUACAACAAUAAAAUAAAAACAUUAAAAGGUCAUGUAAUGUUGGAACACAUUCCACUAUCAAAACUUAAAGCCGGUUUUAAUGCUAACAAUGUAAUAUGUGGCCGAGUAGUAUGUGUUGUAUACAAUCAGGAGCCUGUCCCUUAUACAUUCUGCCUGGUGGAUAAAGAAUUAUCAUGUGUAGUUGUAUCGGUAUACAACCUGGCUCAGGGUAGAGGACCGAUCAUAGGAGACUCUGUGGCCAUUCCCGAACCUUAUUUGACUCAUAUUGAUGCUAAAUAUAUAAAUCAGACAUUCCAGUACCCCAGCAUAAGAGUAAACCUUCCUUUAACCAUGGUGGUAAACAAGAAAAAUGUAAGUGCAGAAUGUGUAUCUCAACCUCGGUUUUCAUCCAAACCGUUUUAA